GUCUGCGCUAUAGACUAUCAAUUAAAGGUCCGGUCACGUGACCAAAUACCCCGCGCCAGUCCAAAACACAAAGCUGACGUCUCGUUAACUUCUAUCGCAAUCUUUUUUUCAUUUUCAAGAGCUGUUAGUUUGCUGAAAAUCUAAACUUUGGACUGAAUCAUGGCGCAGUCUAAAGUGACGGAUUACUACAGUAGACGGAAGCUUAAUUCUUCACUUAAAACAACGAAAAGAAGUGCUGGACGUCUGAAAUCUGGCGACAUCGAGAUCACGCCGACAAAACGCCCGAGAAGGACGGCUGCCCUCCCUGACACUCUCCCGGUGAAAACUGCAGCGCUCGGAUCUCGCCGCGGCACGGGUGAAGUUGAUCUCUCUUGUCAACUUCGUGCAUUCAAUAAGUCCAAAUCAGAACCAAAUGCCGCUUUAGUAAGUAAUAUAUUGACACGCACUUUCACAGGAACGACAGUUCAAGACAAGGAGAGAAAUGACAAUGUUAUUUCUGCUGAAUCUUCCUUUUCCGAAAAGAGAAGGGAAAGAGAGUUGGACUUGGAGAAGACGCCUCUCAAACGACAAGUGUCGGAUCCAGAAAGAGGAAACCCACCUCGAAGAAAAAGAACUAAAAUUAAUCUUGAGCAGGGUUCUGACAAAGGAGAUGUUUCAAGAUCAAGUACGAAAAGGGCAACUGCUGCAAUUCGAUCUAGUAGGAGGCGCCUUGAAACAACAUCAACAACAGAUUCAACUUCAAAAUCAGUCUCAGAAAAAAUUGAGGAUAAUAACCCGACUCAGAUGAAGGAAAUGUUAAGUGGAUGUGGAAAGUUAGCAGACCUUCAGGCUCGCCUUGCCCUUGUUAAGGAUACAGCAGCAGACAUCAGGAGACUAAAAGCCUCAAAACCUUUGCCAAAAGCAGUUCCAACGAUUGCAAAGAAAGAGCAGGAGAGUGUUCCAACAGUAGUUCCUGCAUUUGAACGUUACCGGCACCUGAUCCAGACUGGUCCUUCGAGUCUUGCUCUUCCGUUCAGGUACAGAUCAUUAGAGGAAGCCUUCCGUUGCUCAGACACUGUUGUCAGCAUGCUUUACAACCGAUCAGAGACAUGUACCUUCUCCAAGCUCAAGAGUGCCGUCCAGGAGAUGAGUCGAAAGAACUUUGAGUUAGAUCAUCUGAAACAGAUUAAGACAGUGUACCCAUCGGCAUAUGACAUGCACUGGAGAAAGAACCUACCACAACAGAAGAGCAACUCUAAAGAUGGUAAUGUUCAUCUUAUUCUUGAAGCCAACCUCGCAGGCAUCCCAGUUGGAGAACCUCAAAACAAAGAUGAAGCUGGGGGUUCUUUGAUGAAAGACUUGAUGCAAGGUAGUAAGAAUGGAAGUGCAUUGUUUGAGAAGUUCACUCCUUCGAUGCUCAUAGCUAGGAAAACUCUCUUCCAUAAUGGUUUAGUGGAGAUCGUCAAAUCACACCACAAGGAAUACCUGGCCAGCCUGACUCCACCAAUCACAACAAUUCCUGAUAAUAAACUUCAUCGAUGGCAUCCUAAGUUUCCCUUGGAUAAGAUUCCAGAGGUCCCUGCCUCUGACCUACCUGAACCUCCAAAAGUUACGACCUUCAACACCGCUAAGGAUGUUCUGGACAAGGCUCGACAGAUGAUGGUUAACCCAAAGGUGACAAAAGCUCUGGAACAUGUUGCCAAGAAUUCUGAGUUGAAAGCUGCGGUUGAAGCCAAGCGAGAGGAUGAUGCGAGGAAGAACAAGACCCCACAACCAAAGAAAGAGAGCAAAGCUCUGAAAGGGGUCUCCAUGGAUCUUGUGAACAGAAUCAAAGCUAAAGAAGCCCGUAACACUGAGCUUGCCAUGAUGAGGAGCCCUGAGGAGGAAUCUAGGAUAGGAAGGUUGGAACGUCUUCCAGAACUCUGCAAGAUUCUUAGAGUGUUUUUUCUAGCAGAGAAGAAAGCAGCUUUGCCGAUUGACAGUAUUAUUCAGAAACUUAUGGAGAGCUAUCGAUCUGCCCUCUCAAGAGACGAUCUUGAGAAGCACAUUGCUUUGAUGCUUGAGAUCCUUCCCGAUUGGUUGAAGAAGGUUGUUAUCCGCAAGGUGACCUACAUCAAGAUGGACAGAACAAAGGAACUUGGUCUGGUUAUCUCCGCCAUCAAUAAGGAGCUAAAGGAAGCUAAGAAAAUCAAGUAAAGAGAAUAUUUCCUUGAUUCUACACCAUGAACCUACGUACUGAUGUUGAUAUCUGCCAUCUUGCUUCUUUAAGUGGAAUAUCAUUGCAGGGACUCUAUCAAAAAAUGCAAUUCAUGAAAACAAUAUCCCAACCAUCUUCCAGAGGAUAGAUUCUCACCUGUGGACAAUAUCUAUGACAUUGCUAAAGACAAACACAUAAAAAGUAAUGCUGCACCAGCAAUUUUUGUUUUCUUGAAUACAAAAGCAGAUCACAAACCAGUGCAUUAUGGAUGCUCACACAUUCGUUUGUAAUUUACUUGAUAUUCAAGCCGGAGUAUAGCUGGUUGCUGGCUGAGCAUAGAUGCUGUGUGCAGUAGUAAUUGUCUUAAUUAAAAUAUGAAAUCAUGCAUGGGUAUCAAGCUAUAUACUUCUUAUAUCACUUGUUACCAAUUUUUUUGUGAGUUGUGAUGUUUUUAUUUUCUGAAAAGCCCUGACCAAUGGUGGUUUGAACCGUUCAUCCAUUUCAAUAUGGCUGUUGGAUAUUCAUAUUGGUCAACUUGCAUAGUUUGAAAUUUGAGUUCUUUUAAUUAAUCAUUGGUGUUCUUACCUUCAAAAAAUGCAAAAGUAAGUGAAAGAGGUGUGGAUUUUUUAGCUACCUGAAGAAAUUAUAUAUUCAUUUAGUAUUUUCAUAUUUUAAAGAAAUUGAAGUCAAGAAUAUACUAAAAUUAUUACCAUCAUUAUUAAGGCUUUUUAAUCCUCUUUUAAUUGAAUGCCUCACUGCAAUAAAUUGUGAUUUAAAUCAUAAGAGAAUGAUGUACUCUUCAUAUAAUCACUCAUUACAUUGAUUGGUAGGUCAAUUUCUUGAAGCUAAAAUGAUGUAAUCCUUUAAACUACACAUACAUCCAUGUAGUUUUCAUUGAUGGAAAGUAUAUUUCAUUACCCACAUAAUAAAAUGAAUUCAUUGAUUAGUAAAGUUCACAAUAAACAUCUUUAUUAAGCAAUAUUAUGUAUCAGGUAAGAUCUCUAUAACCAUUUGGUCUAAUAUACAGUCAAACAUCACAAAGUUAAAUUUAAUUUUGUUUAAAAAACAGUCUGUUUACUUAUUAAUUUUUCUAACAUAACCAAUUUUCCUUAUAUCCUGUUAAUAGUUAAGGACGUUCCACAGUUAAAGUGAAAUCCAUGUCAUUUUCACCAAACUUUGCACAUAGAUACUUUAGAACCUUAAUAUUCGAAAUAUGCAAAAAUUAACAUAGGUCCAUGUGCUUGAUUUUUUGCUAUAGAGCUUCAAAGUUCACCCAAAUUGAUGUUCUUAAGAAUUGCGCAUUCAAAAGAAUUUGGCAUUUUUAGACCGCCCAAGAUUACUACAAUGAGUUUAAACCUCCAUUACUCAUUCAAAAUACAUGAAAAAGUCAUCAAAUUUCGCAAGAGAGUUAAUAAUUGUAUCGUUAGAAUGGAGAAUCUAUUAAUAGUGCUAUUUGUUUGCAAUUUUAAGUUUAACAGCACUGUCAGUUCUUAAAAAUGGCGUAAAAGAUAACAAAAUCCCAAUCUAAAAAAUGUAAAAUUUCAGUAACAAACUACAAACGUACAAUAAAUGCUGCACUUUAUUCAAAAUCCAUGUCAUUUUCACCAAAAUUUGCAGAGUUGUAGAGGAAGGUAUACAUAAGAGGUACAAACAUUAAAAAAUAGGGGUUCAUGUGCUUGUUUUUAAACUAUCAGCAUUUUUAUUAGAGCAAAUGUGCUUUUUAAAACACCAAAAAUGGGCCGAAUGCUUAGUAUAUAUGUGAAGAAAAAAUCAAAACCACUCUACCAUUUAUUCAAACUCGGGGUAAUAUUCGUGAUUCUUGGCAGCACUGCAGAGAAAAGUAUUUUGAAAUUGUAAAGAAUAUUUUUUUGAAUGGUCCAUGGAAUAAUUCAAUUUUUUAGCUUCAUGAAAUAACGCAUCGGAUCUGCAGCUUAAGUGAAGAAGAUGAGAAAAAUCAGCUCAUACCUGCAGCUAAUUAAUCACCUGUUCAUCCAUUGUGACGUCAGCGCGCAGAGUGUAAACUAUGCGCAGAUCAUAAUGCGCACAAAUAUAACUGUGGAACGUCCUUAAACGUAUUUUAAAUGUUGUCUAGUAAAUAAUGUACUUUAGCUAGUGUUCAUCUCGACUAAAAUGGAAUGAUGAGACUAUUAGUACUGGUAUGUGAUAAUGAUUGAGUUUAAGUGGUCACUAGACAUUCUGGCACUAAGACCAAGUUCCAGAUACCAGUAGACAAAAAUAAAGUGCGUAGCAAAAGGGUUUUAAUAGCCCAAAUGGAGGUAACCUAUCUAGACCAAGAAAAAUUACACUAAGCAUGAAUAGAUCCUAUAUCUGUGUACUACUAAUACCAUGCUGAGUUUCUGGCUUUUUAUACAGUGUAAUAUUCAUAUCUGAUAAAUUCAUUUAUUCCAUGGGUAAUGCUAAAAUUAAAUCAGUUGUCUCAUUUAUCAAAAUACAGUGAUCUUAAAUGUGCAAUUGUAAUAAAACUAUUUAUUCAGGAUUAUGCUUCAGAACUAAUGGCCACUUUUUACCCUUUAAAUAUUAGUAUUCGGGUUUUAUUGCAAAGAGGGCAUAAUUAUAUUUUACUGCUUUCUGCAUGUGUAUACUUUCACUAAUAUAUGUUACAUUAGUUUUUUUAUCACGUAGAAGAAUGGAUUUCCUUUUCUAUCUAAUUCUAAAUGACUCAUCUAUUCAAUACUUGUUUUAAAGCCUGCGUAAUGUUUUGGUACAGAUUCAAUAUUAUCCAUAUUGUACUAGUAUUUUAACAUUCAUAUCAUGUGACAGAAGUGUGUUGUAGAUAUUUCUAUUGUAGAUGUUACCCAUAUACAUUAUGUCCUUGCAUAUUAGAUAUUUGAUUUCCUCUUCCCUACACUUGAGUUCUGUAAUAUCUUUCAUUUACCUGGCAUUGAAUUUAAUAUUUGAAAAUUGAUCUUUGGAUCUACCAAGCUUAGUGAGUGGCAUAUGUAUAUGACAAUUUUUGACUGAAAUGAUGUUCAUAUUUUGUAAUACAUUCAGUAUUUUACUAUUCAUCUCUUUUGAUCUUUAUUGCUUUUCUAUUCUUCCUGUUGCUUUAUGGUAAUACAUAAGCACUGAAGUAUUCUGAAUAGGGGAAAGCAUAACGAAAUACACCAUUGACAAAUUUUCAAAAAGUUUAGAUGUCAUUGAGCUUAAAUAGUUUUGGUAAAUUCAUUCUUCCAAAAAUUAAUGUACGAGUAAUUGAUAUCAAUACAUUAUUAAGUGUAAAAUGUGAGUUUCUGAUUAAAUGAUUGUAGGCAAGAGGGUAAUGAAAACAUAUAAACUGAACAAGUAAUUGUGCAGAGAAUUUCCUAUAGCAGUUAUAGUUUCUUACAUUAACUUCAUUUUCUUUUUAUAUAGUUUUCUCUACAGUGUAUUUGUAUCGUCCUAUCCAGUUGAAGGGUCAAUUUAAUAAUAACGAUUAUAAUACAUAAAAGUUAUAUAACACAUUUCCAAAUUCAAAUUCAUGGGAUGCUCAAGGUGCUCCAAAGCAAAUAAGAGGAAGGAAAUACAUUACUGGUUCAAACUUUAAUAAUGAAUGCAUAAAUUGAUGUCUCUCGAAAAAGUACUCCCGUACAGGAAUAUAUAUUCUGGUAUUAUCGUAAAGGGGGAAAAAAUGAGAGAAACAGAAUUAGGGAAUUUUUUAAAGAAAUCAGACAAGGAAUAGCAAAAGAGCUGUUUGACUGUGAGAAAACUAAAAAGACAGUCCAAAUCUCAAUAUUUACCACAUGGUAUUGUUUUAUUCUUAAUUUUCAAGAAUUUUUUUUUUCUUCAUGUAAAUUAUACCUUUCCGUCAGGGGCAGCAUGGUUAAAAUAAAUAUUUUUCCUCACGAGAGAAAAAAAUGUUCUGAGUAAAACUUUAAAAAAGAAGAUAUUUCAGUCAUUUUGUGUAUUGGAGCAAUGGGAGUUGUCCUUGCCUAUCAUCAUAAAAACCUAGAAGUGACCCAUUCAAAAAGUUCUCAACUGUCUGUCAAUUUUCUUUUAAACCUACACCAAUCUGUUCCUCUGUUUUUUGCCUUUUUACAAAAAUUAUUUUUGGUUAAUGCCCCCUCCCCCACUUUGAAAAACAAUUUAGUUGCCAAUCACAGGUGCUGAUGCGAAGUGGAAAUUCUGUGUUUGUAAUUAAUAUGAUAAUCAUUGACCCUGAAGUUUUUAAUUUUUAAUUAUCUAAUAUUAUUCAUGAAAAAUUCUUAAGCAAAACUAGCAAUUGUAGGUGUAUUUUUAUAAAUGAUAUUAUUCAUGCAAAUUUCUUAAGCAAAACUAACUGUUAAAGUCAAUGUAUUUUUUAUGAAUCAUAUAAUGUUCACUGUAUAUUAGUAUCAUUGUGCUGUUUUCAUAGAUUUUUCAUUAACAACAUGUUAAUGAUGUUGAGAAAUACAGUUACUAGCUGAAAAAAUCUUUUAUUGAUGCUGUUGCUUUUUGUACCUAUAAAUCAGUGUUGAACACUUUCCUGUUUUAUAGCUGUGUUCCAAUUUACUUGGUUGUAUUUUUAAUAAAUGUAUUGAGUAUCCACUUAA